ACUUCCAUAAGUUCAUCUUUUGUCCAUUAAAUUUCUAGAUUAUUUCUUAGUUAAGGAUACUUUUUUGAACAUUGGUGGACAGCGCCAUGACCUAGGUUUGAUUGAACGACCUGAUGUAUGUGCUAAAUUGCAAAUAGGAUACGGUACGAAACAAUUACCGUAAUGUAUAAAUAUAAUAUGUUUAACCUUCUGAUACCUUUACUUGCUGCUCUGUCCAAUACUCUUAUAAUUCUAUUAUUCUAUCCAAAUCGUGGUAUGUUGGAGAGUAAAAUAAACAUGUCUCUGAUUUCACCUUUUGAGGUUGUUUGAAAUUUUGUUUGGCUUAUCUUCUCUUGGUGCAUUUUAAAAUAUCAGUUGCUUAAAGCUAAUGGAAGUCAUGUUUUCAAAAGGUUAGUCAAAGGUUGAUGGUCCAAGGUUAUUCUGGGCAUGCAACUUAUAAUGGGGGCUUGGAAGUUGUUCGUAAGGUCAUUAAAUCUGAUGGUAUACGGGAAUUAUCUAGAGGCUUUGGUCUGUCUGGUAUGACAUAUUCAUCAUCAAGUGCUGUCCGGUGGGCAAGUGAUGGUUCAAGCCAUCGCCUGAUCCGGAAGUCUUUCUUUGAGCUUCAGUUUACUUGUAGACUGUUGGAUCACGGUACUGGUUCUGAUGGGAAAGCUCCAAGCCAAGGGAAAAUUGUGUUGGUUCAAGCUGCUGGAGGAAUUUUUGCAGCUGCGACGACCUCAUGCAUCAUAACCCCAUUGGAUACCAUAAAAACUCGCUUGCUGAAGGAAUAUAGAAGAUAUUUACGUUGUUGAAGUUACAGUAGAAAUGUUCGCUCUGCAUUUGAACUGGAUAACAGAUAUCUUGCCGUCUAUUACUGCAUAGUGGAAAGCCAGCAUCUGGGCAGUAUUGUUAUUUGCCAAUUUAACAAAAUAUUGAUGCCUAAUUCUUUUUGGUGGAUACACAUUCUUUAGCAUUGAACCACUGCAUAUUUUGUCAUUCUCGACACAAGAAUUGUACUUGAUGUAAGGUACAACAGUUACAAUAGAUUGCCUGACCACAAGUUCCACUGCCCUGCUAUAUUUUUUCAUGCUGGGGAAAACAUCCUUUAUUGUAGAGUGAUUCAAUUUCCUCAAUUAUGCGCAGUUUCCGAAUUUAGUUGAUGUAUGAAUUUAAGUUUAUUGUGGAUUCAUGGGCUCUCUGCCAUUCAAAGACGGUAAUUGAAAGAAAAAGGGCUUAAAAGAUUAAUCGACCUUCUACCUGCCUUGUAUUGGAAGGUGAAAGCAAGGAGCAUUUUGGAAGCCCCUCCUGUUGGCGGUAUCUAUCCGAUAAGAUGACUCGUGUGUUUUUCGUUGUCUUGACAAGUGAGGGAGAACAAGCACUUGAAGGAAGCGGAAGAUUUAAGUUACAAUCACAUAUUAUUCAUAAUUCGGGUUAUUUAAUAGUCUCCACUCAAAGGGAAGUUUAAUACCUUAAUGGAUUGAUUAUCUCAUCUUCUCCAGUAAUUUAUUGAUUGAUUUGUAUUAUUAGUAUAUAUAGUCUUCUCAUACACGUUCAAUUUACUAGACUUGGGUUUCUCUGAUAAGGGCAUAAAGCCGUCAGCAAAUUAU